AUGGCCGGCAGUUGGCGGAGGUGGAGGCGGUGGAGGGGGAAGAGAGGCGUCUGGGCUUGGGACGGCAUCUGGGCGACGCCAAAGCCGCUGCCCGACUGCUUUGCAUAUGCGCCGUUGCCGAUCGGCUCAAUGUCAAACUCGUCGUCCGAGUCCAUCUCGUCCACCACACCCGUUCGGAUGCCCAGAAUCUCUAGCAUCCGCGCCGUCGUUCCGCCAAAGAUGAUCACCGUCAGCACCACCACCACCAGCACCGUCGCCUUGAGCGCAUAUGUGUCCUUGCCCGUCAGCAGCGCCGCCAGCGCCACGCCCACCGCUCCGCGCAGCCCGGCCCAGAAGAGCAUCGCCUGGUAG